GACCGGCUCUGUGUGUUACUCCCUCGCAGGGCAGGCACCAUGGGUCGCGUGCGCACCAAGACGGUCAAGAAGGCCUCCAGGGUCAUCAUUGAGAAGUACUACCAGAGGCUGACUCUGGACUUCGACACCAACAAGCGCAUCUGCGAGGAGGUGGCGAUCAUCCAGUCCAAGCGCCUGCGCAACAAGAUUGCUGGCUUCACCACGCAUCUGAUGAAGCGCAUCCAGCGCGGGCCCGUGCGCGGCAUCUCGCUGAAGCUGCAGGAGGAGGAGCGGGAGCGCCGCAUGGACUUCAUCCCCGAUGAGUCUGCCAUCAACACCGACGCCAUUGAGGUGGACAAGGACACGAUGGACAUGCUGCGCGGCAUGAACAUGGCCGGCCUGCCCGGCAUCACCGUGCAGCAGGUUGGCCGCGGCGGCGGCGGUGACUUCCAGAAGCCUGGCGGCUUCCAGCAGGGCUUCCAGCAGCGCCCUCCCCGCCAGUGAGCCAGCGAGCAUGCGCUGGCGCGGUGAUGGCGGCACAUAUAGAGUAGCUCAGCCGCCCGCCUGCAGCCUU